AUGCGCGCUGGCCAACCUGCGCGCGCUCGCGGACCCCCGUAACUCACAGGCUCCUUCUUCCUCUCUCAGCUUCCUCUGCUGACUCAGUGCCUUAAAGACGUCCAUUCCCUUGCUGCCAAACCACAACUGCGACGUUGUUUAGUAGCACACCGGUGACCACCAUGGAAAAAACCGCAACUGCUUACAAGGAGAAGCUGAAGGAGCUGUCGUUUCUCCCCUUGAUCUGCUCCUGCUUCUACCCACAGCGUCGCAGCAGCAUAUCAUGUGACUUUGAAGACAUGGAGGUCAAGCCCAUCAACACGAGAGUCACUGGCCAGGCCUUUGAAGUCAUUCUGAAGUCACCAUCCCCAGUGUCAGACGCAGUCCACAGUCUCCCCUCUCCUCCUAAGAAGAGGGAUGUCUCUUUGGAGGACAUCCAGAAGAAACUGGAGGCUGCAGAGGACAGGAGAAAAUCCCAGGAGGCUGAGGCACUGAGGUCACUACAAGAGAAGCGUGAUCGUGAGAGGGACGUCCUACUUAAGGCCAUGGAGGAGAACAGCAGCUUCAGCAAGGUGACCGAGGAGAAGCUGACCCUCAAGAUGGAGCAGAGCAAGGAAAACCGUGAGGCCUACCUAUCAGCCAUAAUGGAACGUCAGCAGGAGAAGGAGAGACAUGCCAUGGACGUCCGGCGAAACAAGCAGCUGAUGCUGGUGCUGUCAGAGAAGAGCUGAGCUCAUCAACUCCAGCUGUCACUGCGGCGCCCCGCCCACCUGCCAGCCCUCACCAGCCCCCCCUGCUACCAGACAGCAGACAAGGCAAAGCCUCAGUCACCACAGCCUCAUCUCAUCCACGGCAUUAUUAGAAAUUAAGUUUUAAAACUAAAUAUCACACACUUCUGGAAAGAAAAUACGACUAUUAUUUUGUAAAUAGUUUUUUCUUAUUCAUAACGCAACGGACAUGUUGCUUUGUGCAGGUUUAUAAUUUUGUUUGUGAUGUAUUUUUUGUAUAUCAGCGUUUCCCAAUCCAGUCCUUGGGGACUCGCAGUCGGUCAAUGUUUUUGCUCCCUCCGAGCUCCCUAUCAGACAGUCCACAUUUUUGCUCCCUCCGAGCUCCCUAUCAGACAGUCCACAUUUUUGCUCCCUUGAGGGUGACUUCUGAGGGUCUCAGAGGACCAGAUUGGGAAAAACUGGUGUAUAUGAAUUUCCACUGGCGUCCAGGGCCUUGCUCAAGCUUAAUAUACUAUGUUAGACCCAGGAUUCAAAAUGGUGCCCUUCUGUGCCCUUCCCCUAACCUGCAGAGCCAAACACUAUAUUGUUGCAGGUCUCUACCCAGUUUAGUGCCAUAUCCCCAUUCCUUCAUAGUCAAUAAGCUUCCCAGUCAAUCAUUUGCAGAGAAUGAUUUUUGAUAUGUGCUGGACUGGUUGCAUGGAAAUCUCUGCGGAGGUAUCUUCGUUGUUGGAUGUGUUGGAGUCUCUUGGUUGUAUAUUUCUGUCUAAUACUUCCUGUUUGUCUUUUUUUUUUCCAUAUGCACCACUGUGUGCAAUCCAUGUUGAAUAAAAGUUUGGGCUUCUGCAAA